CCCAUUAAUAUCCACUCAAUAGAGAGAGAGAGGGGUAAAAAAAAAAACGUAAAGAAAGUCCUUAAUCACGGACAGGCUUUUCCAAGUUAUCGCCUGGACAACACCAGCGAAAGGUUAAAACAUCCGAGAGUUGGGGUGUUGUUUAAAAAGUCGAAAGGGGAUUAUCAAAUCGAGGAGAGCUGUUGUGUGUCGUUGGUUUUUGCCUGUGUGGGGCUGUUAAACCUUCCUUUAUUAUAGGAAGUGAUGAUUGCCUGUUUCACAAUAAUUUCACUGUCUGUUUAAAAGAUCACGUUGUGACAGAGGACCCGGACCGGCGUUAGCGGCCGUUUGCGGUUCCUGCCACCCAGCUGCGCCGAUCGGUGGAGUUUGUGAACCGAGCCUGCCGGGGAGUUCAGCACCAGCGUUGCGGAUGAAAACCUGAGCUGACUGGUGUGCACUGAUGUUCUCUCCCACCCGCGCCAGGGAUACGUUCUGAGACCCUUUUCACCCGAUGGCAUGUGGAGGUGCGUGCUGAUUCAGCAGCAGCGGUGUUGGACGAGAGGCGGCCGGUCCUGAAGGAGGGGAGACCGCUCCAUCACCAUGGGUCAGUGCGUCACCAAGUGCAAGAACCCGUCGUCCUCGCUGGGCAGCAAGAGCGGCGACAAGGAGCCCGGCGGCAAGUCGCAGGGCAAGAAGGGCGGAGGGGGCGGGCACAAGGAGGAGCCCGGGCCCGUGUGCGGCAAGGCCUCGGGGGACCUGCUGGCCAACGGCACCAAGAAGAUGGCAGUGGCGGCGGAGCCGACGCAGCUGCCCGCGCCCUCGGGGGACACCCGCCAGGAGGAGCUGCUCUCCAACGGCGAGGAGUUCUCCCUGCCGCGCAUCGAGGAGCUCUUCCGCUGCUACAAGGACGAGCAGGACGAUGCCAUCCUGGAGGAGGGCAUGGAGCGCUUCUGCAAUGACCUGUGCGUGGACCCCGCGGAGUUCAGGGUGCUGCUGUUAAGGUGGAAGCACAGGGCAGACACGCUUUGCCUCUUCAGUAGGAAGGAGUUUGUGGAGGGCUGCAAGGCCAUCAGGGCGGACAGCCUGGAGGGGAUCCACGCGCGCUUCCCCUGCCUGCUGCGCGAGGCCCAGGCGGAGGAGCAGUUCAAGGACCUGUACCGCUUCACCUUCCAGUUCGGGCUGGACUCGGAGGAGGGCCAGCGGUCACUGCACCGCGACAUCGCCAUCGCGCUCUGGCGGCUGGUCUUCACCCAGAACACGCCUUGCAUCCUGGAGCGCUGGCUGGACUUCCUGACGGAGAACCCGUCGGGCGUGAAGGGCAUCUCCCGGGACACGUGGAACAUGUUCCUCAACUUUACUCAGGUGAUCGGGCCCGACCUCGGCAACUACAGCGAGGACGAGGCCUGGCCCAGCCUCUUCGACACCUUCGUGGAGUGGGAGAUGGAGAGGAGGAGGAAGGAGGAGAGGAGGAGCGCAGCGGCGCUGGAGCAGCUGGACAGGGGGAGCGAGGGGGGGGGCGCCGACUGAGCCCGUCCGCCUGCAGGAGAGGGGAGAGGGGCCUAGUAAACUCUGGAUCUCUGAAAACUCCGAUGAAGAUUAACGUUAUUGUUCCUAUUAUUAUUAUUGUUGUUGUUAUUAUUAUUAUUAUUAUUAUUAUUAUUAUUAUGAUUGUUUUUUUUUCCUCUCUUUUAUUUUCGAGGGACAGGGGUGGGGUUUUAAUCUCUCCAGCACCUGCGUAUGCCUUGUGUUUUUCGAAAGGGCUCCAAAAAUACUGUAUGGUUUUUUUCCCCCCAGGCACUUUUUUUUUAAAUUAAUUUAAUUUCUUUUUUUAAUGGGUUUGGUUUUAAAAAAAAAUCGGACACGCGCCGCCCCCAACCCCCAACCCCCACACUGGCUCCUCCGUCUCUCCCUCCCGGGUCACUCAGACCCCUCUCGCCGGCCCAGAGUGACCGACGGACCGCCCAGCCUCCUGGCUCCCCUCCGCUCUCGCCCGUCCUGUUCCUCCUGUGUCCGUUCUGGAAAGGGUUUGGUAUUCCGGUCACUACAGUGCCAGAGCUCGUGUGUUUUCGGGGGGGCGGGGGGGGCAGUCCUGUACCUGGUGGUAUAGUGCCGUUUACAACCCGCCACAGCGGCUCCCGUCUUCUGUUUUUUUGGUUUUGUUUCUUUUUUUUUUUAAUAUAAAAAAAAAAUGCAGUGGUUUAUAUUAAAAAAAAAUAAAACAGUGUUAAUCAUUUAAAAGCCGUUCCUUGCAUAAUUAAAAACUGGACCCUGAAACACCACCGGGCCUGUCCACGCCCCCCGUGUUUUUUUUUAAACCUGCCGUGCUGUGAGCUGGGAAGGGGGGUCCCCAGACUUCCUGGCAAAUCCCGGGGAGUGGGCUUCAGGCUGGGCACCGCCCUCGUGUCGGGACGGUUGUUCUAGGGAUGCAUGUCCCUUUUUUUUGUCCGGAUCGGGCCGAGCUGAGUGCUGGACCUUGUGCCGCGGGGUGGUGAUAUCUGGGCUCCUCUGAGCUUGUGGGGGCCCAGUGUGAGGAAGUGGUUCACAAGGACAGCCCGGCCGCAGUGUGCUGGGGGUGAGCGGGUGUUCAGUAAGUGCGGAGGGGUGAUGGCUGACUGCCUGUGUUUUCGUGAGAUGACUGUACUGUACACACAGUACCAGUACUCGUGCCCACUGUACGGACCGUGUGUGAUCUUCAUGGCCAGCUGGCCCUCUUCAGCACCUCCUGAACAGCCAGGAGAACCCAAGUGCACUGAGAGGAUGGGCCCAGCCAGCACUGCUGCAAGUACACUUGGCCAGAGCUGUGUUGGUGCCCCGACUUCCCUGGCCUGCAGGGUGGCGGUACGGUCAGUGUGGGGGUGCCCCUUGCCAGCGGGGGGGAGCCCGUUGUCCUAGCUGCCUGCAGGGUGCGCCUGGACAGUCCGGGUGGGCAGCUCGGAUGGGUGGUCACUCUCCCCUGCACGUCCCUCACGUGUGGCCGCACAGUAAGAACCAGCGAAGGGGGCUGCGAACGGAGGCCCUGUGCUCCGUAUGGUCCCCCGGGGAGCCUGCGUGUGUUCAGCGGUGCUCAGCUCCAGGGCCCCAGGGGAGCGCUCGGUGGGGAAUUACCCAGCGCACAGCAGGAACGCCGCGGUGCUUCGGCACGUGACAACUGACAGACCGGAGGGCAGCAAGCCAACAGAAAAACGCAUCCGCACCGGAGAGGGAUGGACUAUAUAUAGGGGGGCGGCUGUCAGAAGGUGAGUGCAGUUUGGUUUUAAAUCAUCUGGAGGCCAAUGCCCAUUUGCAGCAGUCAUUAACAGCACAGUGUGCACUCCUGGAAUGAGUGGCUGUGGCACUCUGGAGAGAUCAGGGCAGGUGUGUGAGCCCCGCGCUUGUUUACUGCUGCGCCUGCCCAUCUCCUGCGCUGCAGCUGUCUGGUGCCGGUUGAGCGGGCCGCGGGGACACACCUGCAGGAGGUUGUUUUUCUUCUUUCUGAGAAAUGAAGGGGAACAAGCGCCGCGGUACACGUCACUGGCGCUAGUCCAGGUGAGCGCUCCAGUUCAGCACACCCGGUGACACCGUGUCCUUGUGUUUGGGUGGAGGAGUGUGAAAAUGGCUGAACUGGGAGGUUAGGUCAUGUUUGUUAGAUGUCAAGUAAUAAACCAAGGUUUAAAUGAAGAGUUCUCCAAUCCGCUUUGAUAACCUGGAUGGGUGUAACCUUGACUAACGGUUUGUUUCCAUUU